AUGAAGCAGUGUUGGGGCCAUGGGCAGGAAAGAUCCAGAGCCCAGACCCUUACCGGAGAUGAGCAAGACCAGGAGGGGAUGGUUCUGAGUGCUGGGUCCCAGACCAGCAGGAAGCAGAAAAAUGUCUAUGACAGUCCAGAGGACUUUGACGGCAGAGAGGGCAAAAAGUGUGAAGAACCAACCAGAACUACUUCAGGACAGAUUAUCACACACAAAUACUCCAGAGCCAGGCUGAACGACAUUAAUCAUCUGCAAACCACAUCUCUCCAUCAAGAGAAGGCAGGAACAGUGAGAAUGGUUUUUGUACAGCAAGACAUCAGAGAGCUGUCACUGUGGUGGACGUUCGGUACCGGGACCAAGGUGGAAAUCAAACGGAACGUGGCUAAGCCAUCUGUCUUCCUCUUCCCACCGGCUGCAGAGCAGUUAAGUUCUGGAAGUGCCUCAGUUGUGUGCACUGUGAACGGUUUCUAUCCCAGGAAAGCCGACGUCCAGUGGAAGGUGGACGGCACUGUCCAGACACAGGGCAUCCAGAAUAGCCUCACGGAGCAGGACAGCAAAGACAGCACCUACAGCCUCAGCAGCAUCCUGACGCUCUCCGCAGACCAGUACAAAAGACAUGAGGUGUACAGCUGCGAGGUCAUCCACGAAAGCCUGUCCCCCUCCCUCGUCAAGAGCUUCAAUAGGAAUGAGUGUUAGAGGGGCCAACCCAGAGCCCCAUCACCCGUCCUCAGUCCCAGCCUCACCCCUCCUCUCCUUUCCUCCUCCUCCCUCUUUAGCUUUAAUCAUACUAACAUUUGGGAAAAAAAAUGAACAAAUAAAGUGAAGGAAAAUGCUUUGCA